GCUCCUCCGCGGGGGCGCGCACACUGGGAGCUGUCCGCGGUGCUGAACGCGCGGCCCCGGCGCAGCCCAGGCCCAGCCCUGCGACACUCCAGUCUCCAAGCGCUGGGCCCAGGCAGCAUGGAGCUGAAGCGAGGGAAGACCUUCAUCAAGUCCGGCCUGCACGGCUCCCACGACAGACCCCUAGGCCGGGCAGGUGCGGCCCCCACCCGGGAGGAGGGGGAACCCUGGUCCACGUCCACCGGAGGGCAGCAGCGGUCCUCGGGAGAGAGGUGCCCGAAGCUCGGUUCCGGCACCCAAGGACCCGACCGCGGCUCCCACAGAGGGACCCCACUGGACUCCGAGGGGGGCGCCCCCUUCAGAUCAGUGCGGAAAAGCAAGACUCAGGACAAUGUGCGUGGGGCGGGCAGGGCGGCCCCCGCGGAGGGGCAGCUGGUGGGCAGUGCCAGCUUCCCGGGGCCCUCUGGCGGCCAGCGCAUGAUCGACUACCGUCACUUCGUGCCCCAGAUGCCCUUUGUGCCCGCGGUGGCCAAGAGCAUCCCCAAGAAGAGGAUCUCCCUGAAGCGCCCCAAGAAGUGCUUUCGGAACCUGUUCCUCCCGCGCAGGAGCAAGACCGAGCGCCUGGCGGCGCUGGCGGGGGGCGCGGGGCCGCGGUCCUCCCAGGGGGGCGUCGAGGUGGGAGCGCAGCUGGAUGCAGCCUUUCUCCCCUGGGGCGACGGGCUGGGCUUGGACGGCCAGGCCCAGGAGCUGCCGGACCCCGAGCUCCUGCAGGAGGCGUCCUUCAGCCUGUGCAGGGCGCUGUGCGAGGACGUGGCCUCCCUGCAGAGCUUCGACUCGCUCACGGGCUGCGGGGAGAUCUUCGCCGACGAGAGCUCGGCCCCCACGCUGGAGCUGCCCCAGGGGCCCCCGAGCCCCACGCGAGCACCCCGCGGCCCCGAGGGCAAGGCGCCCGGGGAUCCCUGCCAGGGCGGCGCCGAGCAGCUGGCCUCCCCGGUGCAGAGCGAGCCGUGCGGCCCGGCCCGGUUCUGGGGCGACGUGAGCCAGGCCCGGCCGCCGGCCCCGGAGCCCCGCGUGGACCGCCCGCCCGAGCCCCGGCUGCGGGGCGCCGAGGGGCUGAACGAGCUGCCGCUGCUGGCCGGCAGGGCGCCCCCCGGCGGCUCCAAGGCCAGCUCGGCGGACACGGGGACGCCCAAGAGCGAGCAGCCGGAGUCGGUGUCCACCAGCGACGAGGGCUACUACGACUCCUUCUCCCCCGGCCUGGACGACGACCGGAGGGAGGCGGCCAGCCUGGGCCCCGGCGGGCCCCCCAGGGACAGCUACAGCGGCGACGCCCUGUACGAGCUGUUCCGCGCCCCGGGCCAGGGCCCGGCGCCCCCCGGCCUGGACGCAGAGCCGUGCGCCACCGAGAGCCUGUCGGGGCCGCCGCCCGGGCCGCCGCUGUCCCUGUGCAGCUUCCACGGGGGCGCCGAGGAGACCCUGGCCGCCGCGCCCGGCCCCGAGCUGCCGGGCCAGGGCUUCCUGCAGAGCUCCUGGCGGGGCAAGGAGUGUCUGCUGAAGCUGUGCGACACCGAGCUGGCCAUCACCAUGGGCAUCGUCAACUGGCUGCGCCGCGGCCCCGGCGACACUCUGAGCGCCGCCUCUGCCCCGCGGCAGGGGAGCCCCGAGGCGGGCGGGCCCGAGCCCUGGGGGCGCCCCGGAGCCCGGGGUCUGCCUGCUGGAGACGCAGAGGCCCUGGGGGGGGCCCCGUGGGGGCCCGGCCCUCUCCCCAGGGGCCCCUCCCUGGGGAGCACGCAGGUGUCCGGGGACACAGGGACGCGAGAUGGCCCUCAAGGCUCCUUCUGCUCCUUGGGGGCCCCUGCAGCUUCUGAGACCACAGGCGCGGCCAGCAAAGGCCAGGUGGCCGCGCUCCCCGUCUGGCCGAGCCCCCCGGGCCAUUUCCAGAACCCCUGGACCCCAGGCCCUGGGGGAGGCGGCCUGCAGGCGGAGCCCCCCCUGCCCGCCCAGCUGGCCGCCCUGCAGAUCCGCUCUCCCGCGGAGGAGCUCUGCGGCCGGCCUAGAACCCGGGGCCCUGAGCUGCUGCGGCAGAAGCGGUCCAGCGGAUUCCCCAGCGUGGCCGCUAUGUGUGGCCUGCCCUCUGUGGCCCGCCCGCUGCACGGCCCACAGGACCAGAGGUGCCCGGGUCACCUGCUCAGCCUCAGCCGCCUCAGGGUGGAAGGCGGCCAGCUGGACGCGCCUGGGCAAGACGUGCCCGUGUGGCUGAGCCCGCCGGCCAGGGAGCAGCUGGCACAGCUGGAUUCCUAGCCCCCAGGAGCCUCCCUCCUGGCAGCCGUCAGAGGACGCCCCCUCUGCAAGUGCCCCCCCCCCAGAAACAGCACUGUAACCUGUGGUCCUGGACGAUUUCCUCUGCAGCUGGAGUGGGUGAGGGUAGGUUAGCGCCCACCCCAGCCAACAGGUGUUGGUGAAUACCCUGUCUGAGUUGAUUUCUCCCCCUACACACACACACACACACACACACACACACACACUUUUCUCUAAUUCUCACUCUCUGACUGGGCACUGGGUGGCAGAAGGCUCUUUGGGAAGAAGCUGAUGGACGUUUCUGGCCCUCUUGUCCUUGUCUCUUCUCCCCGAGCCCUCUUCAUGAUACUCCUUCUUUGAGUGAGGCUACACCCCUUGGAAGUACAGCACACGCAUGGCACCCAACAGAACGGUGGCCGAGUUGGGCCGAGCCCUGGGACAGGCAGGUAUCUGUGAAGAAGGGCCAGGACACAGGUACCUGUGAAGAGGUAUCCAGCCUGCUCAUGACAGGGUUGCUGAGGCAGGCCUGCACCACCUCACUGGGACUGCCACAAACAACCACAGCAGUGUCAGCAAGUCUGGUGGUGAGUAGAUAUUGCUGAAGAAUCCCCUGCCCUCCCUGGCGCCCACCUGGAUACAGGUGCUGCGCUCCUCUCUCAGAUGUGGAAACCGAGGCACAGUGUGCAGAUGUCCGUGGACAUCCAGCUUGGGUGUGAGGCCCAAGGACUGGCCCUAGACAGGCUCCGCUGGGCUUCUGAAGUGAACACUGCUCUCUCUCCCUCAACCUCCUCGCCUCCCUUCUUGGCAGAUACAGACUUGACCCAGCCCUGGGGCUGGCCACCAUGUGUCCCCUGAGCAGGCUGAAUGCCAGGACAGGUGCCUCUCAUGUGCUCCUCUGUGCUGGGCCAGGGCAGAAUGGGUGUUCAAUAAAUACUUGUGGAAAGAAUGAAAUAGAAAAAAAAAAAGAAGAAAGAAAAGAAAAAAAAGUUUUGAGCAUGUUUUCUAAUUUCUCCUUAAUGGUGGGCCUUGUGUCCAGAGGACGGUAGGGUUAUCUUGGAGAGACACAAAGAGAGGGAGAGACACUAUAGUCUUAGGGCUCCCUCCAGUGCUUUGACAUCUCCUAGAUGGUAUAGGGGCUCCACAAGGCACCUGCAUUACCUGAUGAACUACUCCCCGCCCCUGGGUAGCAGUUCUGACAGAACAUCUCUUUGAUGGGACAUGCU